AUGUCGAGUCAGGUCUCCCCAAGCCUUGACUUCGACUUCGACAAAUUCCUGGCAGAGGAAACAGUCGAAACUGCAAACUACGGAAACCCCUCACAUAUCAGCCAAUUCCCAGAACACAACGGCGUACCUCUAGACUACGAUAUAUUACAAUACAAUGGAUUCCCACAAGGAAUCGACGAUCAAGGUUGGUAUGAGGAUCUGUCACAAGCAGGUCCGGCUCCACGCAUCGAGCAUCAGCAAGAACAAGAGGAUGCGAACUUUGAUGAUGUGGCAAGCAAUUGGUGGGAGGCACAAGUACAGGGCGACUACCUAGCAACCCAACCCACCAACCACGGAUCUUCCUCAGUUCCUAUCAACAUCUCAGCUCCAGUCGACGAAGGACUUUGGAAUCCCCUCUCCGAAGAUAUAAAAGCGCACGUAUAUCCCUCAUCCGCCCCGAUCACGAGGCCCUCGUCAGUAGAAGCAGUCGGGCGGGACCAUCUCGUACCUAACCCGGGGAACGGGGUCUUCCUCAACCCAAUUCUGAACAACUUCACCUCACCGAGCACCCCUCUCGGCAUCAUCGAUGCACAUAUGUUCCCGUUCGAGGCAGAACUCCAAGCGGCGCUCCAGCUCGAACUAGACAACCAGAUCGAACUAGAAAAAACCCGGGAAAUCGUUGCGGCUCUUGAGACGGAACUUAGUCGGCGUAAACAAUCAGAAGAAGAUCUGCUUGAGAAGCUGCAAAAUGCCAAGUCGCUUCUUCCAGUGCCACCAACCCCUGCCCCAACACCAGCACCAUCGGGAGAGGGUAUCAAAACUCCAAAGAACAACCGCACCCAUAACAUCGCCAGCACGGAUCCGACAAAGCACUACGACCCUCUGACAGAAACGCCAAAAUCCUGGGGGACCGUCGCAUUCGACACCGGUAGGCAUAUUUUUCGCUAUACGAAAUACGGCGAGCUAGAUCCCAAACAAACGUUCGAGGUGAACCAGAUCGCCGAGUUUCUCUCCCAGCAUCCACUACCGAACAAGACACUCACCCUCUGGAUCCAGACGGUACCUGCCGACAGCGCAGGCCGCUAUGCAACGAAGACUUCUGACAAGUGCAGAUUCUCAAACUGCCCAGACCCCAACCGAACGAUCCGCAAAGGCGACUUCCGAGUCGCCUUCGAUGAGGACUUCUCCAACCGCAAAAGAGACCCCUUUCAUGUUGCCGGAUACUGCCACCUCUUCUGCCUGGAAAAGAAUUUCGACUUCCCGCAGAUCUGUAAGGACUACGACGUGCGGCCCGACACGCGCGAGCUCCCAGAAGGCAAGAACAAGAUGGCCAUCACGCGAGACCACAAGAGCAUGGCCGGUAUCGUUACUAAGUUCAUCAGGGAGUCCGUACCGUGGGCGGACGUAAAGGGUGGCCGGCCGGAGCAGUAUUACGGAGAAUCGCUGUGCUUCAAGCUGACGAUGGAACAUCUGGAGAAGCAGCCGCGCCAUCUCCAGGGCAUUCGCGAAGUGCGCGGCGGCAAUACCAUCGACAGACAUAAGAACAAUCUGGACGUAUACGUCGAAAACCAGAGGAGGGUCAGGUUAGAGCAGUCUGCUGGUAAGAGGCCAGCAGAGAAGAGGCCAGCCGGGAAGAAGACGGCAGGGGAGAGACCAGCCAAGAGGUCGAAAGGCAAAGAAAAAGCCAAGCGUAACAGAGAUGAGGAGGAAGGAGAAGAGUCCAUUCUGGACGAUGAAAUCCUGCAGAGAGGUUUGAAGUCGCCGCACAAGGUCAAGAGACUCAGCAUGUGGUUGGUCGACAGCAGCGCGAGCUCCAAGCGGAAGCUCGAGGCAGAGAGCGAGAGCGAUGAUGACAGUGAUGGCGACGGCUUAUCUAGGCGUCCCUUCAAGAGACUGAGAAGCGGACGCAGACUCUUUCCAGUCUAA